UUUUAUUUUAAAUAAAUGAAAUUGAUUUUUUUUUUUUCGAAAAUUAUUUCAUAUCGAUUUAAAAUCCGGGAGACUUGUGCUCUUGAAAUUUUGAUAACGAUUUUUCAACCGAUUUUUUAACGAUCGUCGAUCGGAAAAAUCGAAAAAUCGAUACUUCCGGUUCGUAAAAUAUUUUGGUAUGGGAAAUUGAUUUUUCAAAAGAGGUGAUUGUUUCUGGUGAAAGUGGGGGAAAGCCUGGAUAAUUGAAAAAUUUAAUUUGUGGAUUAAAGUGUGUCAUAUCGAUAUGUAGCAACCGGUUCUCGAUGUAUUGCACAAAUACGAGGUAAACGUGAAAGAAAAGAGUCCGUAUUUGGUGGUGAUAGAGGUCCACAGAAGGCGAAUGCCCAAGGAAAAUUGAUGGAAGUUGAGGAAAGAUGAAGAUGGAAGUGGUGCUGUCUUCUUCAGGGCACUUCGGGGAUGACGACACACCCUUCAGGAAUGAAGAGAUACGGGAAUGGUCAGGGGUGGACGAGAUCACGGGGAUGCUGGAGCAAGCCAGGGUGGAAACUGGCCAUUGGCGAGCCUUCACCAAUGGAUCUGCCCAUUCCUACGGCAAAGUGGUGGACUCCCGUCAGCGGAACACCGUCGACGGCACAGUAAUUCAAAAAGCUCGUCGUCAAGUCGAGGUUUUCCAGAGUCAGGAGCCAGGUCGACGUGUCCAGGUGGUGCGAGCCUCCCAGUGGUCCUCAUCCAGGGUCACCGACACCUCAUUACCUCCAUCCCUCCUCGACAAUCCCGAAAAAUAUCAAUUCCUGAAACGCAGCACUUCAGACGACGAUCUGUCAUUAUAUCCCGUAGAGAAUCCCCCAAAAUCUCCAACUUCAAGUUUUACGAGAGCGUCGAAGCUCCGGAGAUCCCUGCAGAUCCCCACGCACCAUUCAAAAAUAUCCCGUCCAUCUCGGUCCACCACAAGUCAUCAAAAAUCCCCACUGAUUCCCAAAAAAUCUCUAGAAACUCACUAUAUCCCUGAAAAUUCAGUGGAGAGUCACUACAUCCCGAUAUCGUCAGCGAUAACCUUGAAGGAUCCGAAGAAAUCUGAGAUCUCCAUAAAAGCAUCAUCCCCGAAAUCCCGAUCCCCACUUUUAUCCCCGAAAUCCUUGAGGUCGCGGAUGUCAUCCCCGAAGCCUCAAAAAUCCCAAGUGACUGUCGUGAAUCUGAUAAAUCCCCCCAAGACUAGUAUAGUGACUUUAGGCUCGUCCGAAAUCGGGGGGAUUCCCCCAAUUCCUAGCCUCUCGAAGAAGAAAGUAGGAUUUUGCAAAACCGAGAUUCAUUUUGCCGCAGAUUCCGGAAAAGUGAAUAUCGUUGAGACCGAUGGAAAGCCCCCGCCGACGAAUAAAUUCCGACGGAGAAGAAAAAAUUUAUCCCCAAAUCUCCUGAAGUCCAAGGACGCCAGUCUCGGGAUUUUUGGGGAUAACGAUAAAAAGGUGUGGAUUAAUGCCGAUGUCAGUCCCAAGAUCCACACGACAACUAUUUGUCUCGGGGAUAAACUCGAUUUCAGGAGUGGCGGGGAUUUGGAAUCCCCGAAAGCUGUCUCUGAGGUUAUAUCUAGGGCGAAUCUAGGGAAUUUCGUUUCGCGGGAUUCUGAGGAUAAUAAAGUGCUGUCAACUGUUGUGACGACUCACGAGACGACUAUUGCGAGAGUUGAGGACAAUAUCGCAGGGGGUAAACCUCAUGUUACUAGUGAGAAAAAUUCCCUAGAUGGGACGGAUAACAGGAAAAUGGAGGAAAGUGAUAAGAAAGUGAUGAACGAGGAAAAGAGUGAUAAGGGGAAAGAGGCUGAUAAGGCGCCUCUCUAUGCCAAUGUUUUUGGAAGGGUUAGGGAUGCAUUUCCGGUUUACGAAAAUUAUCGCGUGGGGGAGAAGGGGAAGAGUGAGGACGAGAGGGUUCUGAGGAAGAGUAAAGGGAUUACUCCUUCCGGCGGGAUGAAGAAACCUUUAUUGGAAAAACGGGGAUCCCAAGGAAGUGGAUCGACUACUGGAAGACUGCAAAAAGAUGUCGUCAGGGUGAAAAACGUCAAAAGAUCUGGGGGUGCGGAUGGAAUCAAGACUAAGAAACAACCGAUGGAGGUAGUCUAUCGCACCGCAGUCUACAAUAUGAAGAAUGAAAAACUCGCGAAACCUAGUCUACCGAAACCUAAAUCAGGCCCGAGACUUCUCAACGAUCUCAUCUGCGGGGGGAAACCAAAAAAAACGACCACCUCUUCAAAACGAAAAGUAUCGAAUUCAUCUCAAGGUGCAAAGGGUUCGUCUCAACCAAUCAGACAUUGGAAAUGAGCAGAAUCAUGUCCGAAGAUUUCUCAAGAGACUUGCCUAAAAAAAUCGUGAUAUUUCAACUAAACCAUGUGUUAGUAACUAUUUAAAUCACUGGGAUGUAGAUAAAACCCAGAGAUUGUGUUCUUUCAGUUAAUUGGAUUUUCAAUAAUAGAAUUAAAAGCUAUAUUUGUUAAUUCUCUCAAGAAGGCCAAUGAUAUGUAAAAAUACAUAUAUUAUCUAUAUACAAUACUUUAUAAUAUUAUCGGUGCAGCAACCAAGAUAUACAUAUAUCAUACAUAUAAUCAUAUUUGUUUUUUCUUCAUUAUCGUUAUUUCUUUUUGUUUAUUUACUCAUCGAUUCGUUGGCAUAAUGAGAGAAAAUCGGUGACAAAAUCAUUAAAAUCCGUUUCCGUUUUUUAACAAAACAUCAAACGAUUCUCAAACGCUAAAACUCCUCGCGCUAUUAACAGGGAAAAAAAUUAAUUUCAAAUCAAACGAAUAUCGAUUGAUCGACGAUUUUUUCUCAUUACUCCAGAGGAUCGAUUUGGACAAGAAUUCAUUUUUUUUUAUGGAUAAAUUCGCUUGGAGGGACAGCGGAGGUACGAAUUGGACAUUCGUAGACAGACAAUAGUACAAAUUACGUACGAAACAAUGUUUCUUUCGUUUGUCUAAUUAAUCUACAAGGCUAGAGAAAAAUUGGAACAAAUUCAUGAUUAUUUUAUCAAUGUUCAUUUUUUUUUUUUGGAUUUGAUCGUGAUUUUUUAUUUCAACAAAUAUGACAUAUACGUUCCGAUGAUACCAUCACAUGAAUUAAUAUUCAUCUCUAUUUUUUAAUGAGGAAAGUUCAUUAGUCAAGUGAAAUUGAGAAAUGUUUCAAAUUAAAUUUAUGAUUCCAUUCGAUAAUUAUUUUCGAAUAUAAAUCAUGAACCCGUGGGUUUUCGCUAUUUCUCACGGACAAAUCGAAUUUUUUCAUCGAAAUUAAAAUUGUAUUCCCUUUUUUAUUCUUCUUCGAUAAAUUUUUACGGACUCAUCAAAAUUUUGUGACUCAAAUUAUUUAUUAUUCGUUACCAAUUUAUCCACAUCUCGUCAAUUUCAUGUGAGUAAUGAGUUUUCCGGAGUUGUCAGCGAUUUUCCGAGGAAUUUUCGCUUUUAUUUAAGAAAUUUUUUAUUGAUUUCUCCAGAAAAUGCGACGGAAGUCGAUUUUUUCCUGGGGAUAAAAAUAAAUUUUCCAUUUUUAUUAAAAAAAUCCUCAGAUUUCCACUGACACCCAGAAUUUUCGUAAUUUUCCCCUUUUUCCUCACGAAUAUUCGCAUUUCCUCCGAAUAGAGUACUUUUUCCUUAAUUUAUUUAUUUUCUCUCAUUGUUUUCAUUUCAAAAUAAUUCUCUUCUCAAUCUCUUCCCCUAAAAGAUUAAUAUUAUCAUUCAUCUUUUUAUAUCAUUACAUACAUAUAACUCAUACGUAAACAUAUAUGUAUAUACUGCAAUCUUCAAGGCACUCCUGAUGUUUUUUUAUUUAUCUUUAUUUAUUUAUUUUUUUCGGCUUUUCCGGUUUUUCUUUUUUCUAUUUCUCUCCUCUUUUCAUUCAUCUUUUUUUUCUUAAAUAUAUUACACUUUUUUCUUUCAUUAUUUUACAGUGGUGAUGUCCAUGACUCUUUCCCGGAUUUAUUAUUUAUCUUUCAUUUUUUAUGUGACACUGCAACGCAGCAGUUUUUCAUGUGAAUUUUAUUCGUGGAUUUUUUUUUUUAUCUUUUCGGUUUUGGGUCGGGGAUUUUUGCGGUGAGGCUUUUUUUUUCUAGGACAUCGGACACAGGACUUAGGUACCUAGGGCAGACUACUAUGGACUAUUUUCAACAAUCAAUAACUCGUGAAGAUAUAAAAAUGUCCAUUUGUCAUAAAUUCCCGGUGUGAAAAUUUCAUCUCGAUUUUUUUUUCUUUAACUCAGGGGAAAAAUUUUUUUGAGACAUUGAGAACUGAAAAUUUUGGUCUUCACUUUUCUCGUUAUCCUCAUUAAAAAAAUUAAUCAACUUUAAUUUUGUUUAAAAACCGAAAUAAAUGCGUAACAACAUUCUCAAUAAAUCUCUGGAAUGAAAAAAAAAAUGAGAGAAUCAAAAGAAUUUCGUUUCAAAUAACAAAAUGCCAUCGAUUCCCAAUAAUUCCCUCGAGCAUUUUUUAAACUCGACUUCAAUUCUCAAUUCUCGAGAGAUAAUUCCGUAAUUAAGGGUGAAAGAAUAUUUUAACUCCCUCGAAAAUCGAGAAUUCGGGUGAAUUGAGUAAAAAAUAUUUGUACCAUCGUCCGAAGACCGAGAGAAACUGUCAAAAAAUUCCAGAAACUUAAUCUCCACCUGGAAGAGCCCCUCGACAAAUAAUCCCCGAAUUCAGUGGCUCGUCUGUCUCAAAGAAAAAAAAAA